ACAGGCAACACAGUCAUAUGCGCACAAUACAGACGCACCGAUGGAUGCUCGCUAGUAGAUCUCUCUUAUGUCCUACACUGUGGUCUGCCAAAGAACUUGGAGGAUGACCUAACACGGUUUUGAGGGUGAUAUUUAAAAAAAAAAGAGAGAAGCCUGGCGCGAAUUGUUUGGAUCCCUGGGGAUUCUCUAACCUGGACCCCCAGCUAAGCUUCAUAGAUGAUCUUUCCCCAUGCGACUUCGUGGCUUUGGUUCACAGAGGACCGUCUGCAGACCAGGUAUGGCGGUGGCAAACAUGGUGCGUUUCUCUGACGUAGAAACUUUCUUGGACUCGCACCCGGAGUUGUUCGAGGAGUACCUGCACAGAAAGGGCACCUAUGGCAUGGUGGAGAAGUGGCUCAAGAACCACCCGGCCACCAAGGGUCCGGCGGUCCCGACCCCGUCGGGGGAGCACAGGGACGACAAGGGCGCCGCGCCGAAGGACAGCUGGGCGAGCAGGUGUGACGGUCUGCAGCGCCGGGCCUCGCAGAGGGAGCUGCGGAAAACUUUCGCCCGCUCUAAAGCCGCCAACGUGAACAGAACCUACGACGAGCACGUCAACUCGCGGGCGCAAGAGCCGCUGAGCAGCAUGCGGCGGCGAGCCCUGCUGAGGAAGGCGAGCUCCCUGCCGCCCACCACCGCGCACAUCCUGAGCGCGCUGCUGGAGUCCAGAGUCAACAUCCCUCAGUACCCGUCCACGGCCGUGGACUUCAAAUAUUUCCUCAAGGAGCACAACGAGAGGGAGUUCUUCCUGGAGCUCGUCAAGGACAUCUCCAACGACCUGGACCUGACGAGCCUCAGCUACAAGAUCCUGGUGUUUGUGUGCAUCAUGGUGGACGCGGACCGGUGCUCCCUGUUCCUGGUGGAGGGCACCGGCAACAAGAAGACGCUUGUGUCCAAGUUCUUUGACGUGCAUGCGGGCACCACCGUGCUGCCCUCGAUGAACUCGGAUGAGGUGCAGGUCCCCUGGGGGAAAGGAAUAAUCGGGUACGUGGCGGAGCACGGAGAGACCGUCAACAUUCCUGACGCCUACCAGGAUCGCCGGUUCAGCGAUGAAAUUGACAAGCUGACAGGGUACAAGACCAAGUCGCUCCUGUGCAUGCCCAUUCACAACAGCGAUGGCGAGAUCAUUGGCGUCGCUCAAGCCAUCAACAAGACUUUAAGUGUGGAACUCUUCACGGAAGACGAUGAAAAGGUGCUGCAGAUGUACCUGCCCUUCUGUGGCAUAGCUAUCUCAAAUGCCCAACUCUUUGCUGCCUCAAGGAAGGAGUAUGACAGAAGUCGGGCACUCCUGGAGGUCGUCAACGACCUGUUUGAAGAACAGACUGACCUGGAGAAAAUUGUCAGGAAGAUCAUGCACCGUGCCCAAACAUUGCUGAAGUGCGAGCGCUGCUCCGUCCAGUUGCUGGAGGACAUUGAGUCACCAGUGGUGAAGUUCACCAAAUCUUUUGAGUUAUUGUCUCCAAAGUGCAGUGCUGACACUGAAUUGAGCUUCAAGGACAGUAUGGAAAAGUCUUCUUACUCUGAUUGGCUCAUCAAUAACAGCAUUGCCGAGCUGGUCGCAUCCACUGGACUUCCUGUAAACAUCAGCGACGCUUACCAGGACCCUCGCUUUGAUGCUGAGGCGGACCAGUUUUCAGACUUCCACAUCCGCUCAGUGCUUUGUGUUCCUAUAUGGAACAGCAAUCACCAAAUUAUCGGUGUGGCCCAGGUGUUGAACCGCCUUGAUGGGAAACCAUUUGAUGAUGCAGAUCAGCGUCUCUUUGAGGCAUUUGUGAUCUUUUGUGGACUUGGCAUCAACAACACCAUCAUGUACGACCAGGUGAAGAAGUCCUGGGCCAAACAGUCUGUGGCUUUGGAUGUUCUGUCUUACCACGCCACUUGCUCCAAGACUGAAGUAGACAAAUUCAAGGCCGCCAACAUCCCCCUUGUGUGCGAGCUGGGUAUUGACAUGCUCUCCUUUGAUGAUUUCUCCCUGGAUGUUGAUGCCAUGAUAACAGCUGCUCUGAGGAUGUUUAUGGAGCUGGGAAUGGUCCCCAAAUUUAAGAUUGACUAUGAGACACUGUGCAGAUGGCUGUUGACUGUCAGGAAAAACUACCGGAUGGUUCUGUACCACAACUGGAGACAUGCCUUUAACGUGUGCCAGUGUAUGUUUGCCAUGCUCACGACGGCCGGCUUUCAGGAGACUCUGACAGAAGUAGAGAUCUUAGCUCUUAUAGUGGGCUGCGUGUGUCACGACUUGGACCACCGGGGCACCAACAACGCUUUCCAGGCGAAGACGGGCUCAGCUCUCGCGCUGCUUUAUGGCACCUCAGCUACACUCGAGCACCACCACUUCAACCAUGCUGUCAUGAUCCUGCAAAGCGAGGGUCACAACAUCUUCUCCAACCUCUCGUCCGCUGAAUACAGUAACCUGAUGCAGCUGCUCAAACAGUCUAUUCUGGCAACGGAUCUCACUCUUUACUUUGAGAACAGAAACACCUUCUUUGACCUUGUCACCAAAGGAGAUUACAACUGGAACGUAAAGGCCCACAGAGACAUGUGCAGGUCGAUGAUGAUGACGGCGUGCGAUCUCGGCGCUGCCACCAAACCUUGGGAAAUAUCCCGCAAAGUGGCAGAGUUAGUGACCAGCGAGUUCUUCGAGCAGGGCGACAGGGAGAGAUCCGAGCUCAAGCUCACGCCCUCGGUGAGUCCAUCAUCUCGAUGGUGUUUGUUUCCCCUCUCACGACCUCCACAUUGGCCCAUACUGACUGAGUGA